AACACCUGAGCCCGAGCAGCAGAGGACGGGACGAGGAGAAGAGGGCCAGGGCCAUCUGAGAGGGUAGAGGCUUCCUGCUGUCAAAGAUAUCUGAGAUGAAUCCCACCAGCCAAUUCCUUGGCACAACAGAAUAUGACUAUGGAUACGAUGAAAACACUGCUCCAUGUAACGAAGGAAACAACUUUCACAGGUUUAAAUCCCUCUUUCUGCCAAUUCUUUACUGCCUUGUGUUUGUCUUCUGCCUCCUGGGAAACUCCUUGGUCCUCUGGGUUCUCCUGACCAGGAAAAGGCUGACAACAAUGACUGACAUCUGCCUGCUGAACCUCGCAGCCUCUGAUCUCCUCUUUGUUUUGCCCCUCCCUUUCCAAGCCCACUAUGCUUCAGACCAGUGGGUUUUUGGCAAUGCCAUGUGUAAGAUAAUGGCUGGCAUUUACUACACAGGUUUUUACAGCAGUAUUUUCUUUAUAACCCUCAUGAGCAUAGACAGGUACAUAGCAAUUGUCCAUGCUGUCUAUGCCCUGAAGAUACGGACAGCCACUUGUGGCAUAAUUAUCAGCUUGAUCCUGUGGCUGGUGGCUGGCUUGGCUUCUGUACCCAACAUCAUAUUCAGCCAGGAGCUGCAGAUAGAGCAGGCUUUGCAAUGUGUCCCCACAUACCCCCCAGGUGACAAUACCUGGAAGGUUGCUUCUCAGUUUGCAGCCAAUAUCUUGGGCCUCUUGAUUCCCUUUAGCAUCCUUGUUUGCUGCUACACUCAGAUACUAAAAAACCUGCAAAAAUGCAAAAACCGGAACAAGGUCAAGGCGAUCAAGAUGAUCUUCAUCAUCGUCAUAAUUUUCUUCCUUUUCUGGACUCCUUUCAACAUUGCUCUGUUCCUCGACUCCCUGCAGAGCCUGCACUUCAUCAAUGACUGCAAGGUGAGCUCCCAGAUAGCGCUGGCCCUGCAGGUAACAGAAACCAUCUCCUUCAUCCACUGCUGCCUGAACCCCAUCAUCUACGCCUUUGCUGGUGUGACAUUCAAGGCCCAUCUUAAAGGACUCCUUCAGUCCUGUGGUCGUGUCCUCUCUAGCCCUGCCGGAGGUGCCGGGGCUGGACAGUCAUUUUCAGCACCCACACAGCUCUCUGGCUGGUCUGACAGCGCAGGGGUCCUGUGAGCACACCUGAGCCACCUUCUGCUGGUGUGAAGGGCCAAAGGUCUGCGGUGGUCCUGGAGGUUGUACCAUGUGUGCAGCAUCCCCUGGGAGAUACAGUAUGCCUGUGCCUCCUGUUGGGAUAUGCUGUGACCUGCCACAUAAGAACUUGUGACAUACAUUUCCCAAGAGAGCCAGUGCAUUUGUAAAAUGGUGACCAUACACUGCCACAGAAUAAUUUUAAAUUAAGUUUUAGAUCUCCUUUAAUACACUUCAGUAAGCAGGCUGCUUCCUCUAAUAUCUAUUUUCUUCUCUGACAGAAGUGUCACUUCUGCCUUACCCCCAAGUAUGCUCUGCCCUGUGGAAAUGGAAUCCCUAAAUCCCUGGGACAAGUGUGUGACCCCUCUGGAAGGUGGGGAGGAGGACAGGCGUGGGAUUGCUUCAUAUUGCAAAGAGGGAAUCACCUCAGAGCCUGUCACAGUUUCCCCUUUGCCUCAACUCCCAGCUGAAAAAGCCCCUCAGCUCAGGACCCUGUUUGUAGUAGGAUGGUCCCAGGGGCACAGCCGUGGAAUCCUUGGAACUGCUGCCACCCCGAGCAGCCUUUGGUAGUGAUGCCUCCAAAAAUAGCAAAGCAAUGGCUCCAGGUGUCCCCUAUACUGGUCACUCGUGGAGGCUCCUACACUUGAAAAUGUUGUCCUCAGAGCAGGUGGGGGCUCUGCAUCCCCUCUGGAGCUGUGGGGGCUCCAACUCUGUGCCUCCAGCGCUUGCUGCUAAAUGUAACCAACAUAAAAUGAUCUGUAGCAAAGUAGGCUCCAUCUCUUUUCCCAAAUGUCUUUAUUUUCUGCCAUUUUAAAAACGCUUUCUUUGAAUUAACAUUAGCUUUAACUUUUUUGUCUUGGUUCUUCAUAGUCUACCUAAUGAUCACAAGCCUUGAUUAGGAUAAUGAGACUUUGAGUUUGCUUAUUUUGGAGUGGGUAUCACAUAAAAUGUAUCUGAUGGAAUUGAGCAGCGCCCUGAAGCUCUUCAGCAAAAUAAGACUUAUCUCCUUUUUUCUGCUAAGGAAGAUUUGUUCUGCAAAUCCCAGUAAAAAUUCACAGGGAAAAAACAACAUUUAUAUUGAGGUAGUAUUACUGCAAACACAUUUUUAAAAGUUAAUCAAGAGAAUACCUGAAAUCAGGGAAAACA